UGGGAGCAUGCAGCCGGGACCACUACAACAAGGCAAGAGUAAGACAAUACUUGUACCAUGACGGAUCGCGACGGUGCCGAGCAACUGCCUGGCAAUGAUGCUGACAAUCUUUGCCAAGGAAUAGACGAACAACAGAAGAGGAUAUUGCGUCACAUCCUAAACGAUGAUUUGUCAGACAAUGAAACGGAAGAUCUUGUCCAAGAACCCGACGAACAGCAGAAAAGGAUAGUUGGCCACGUCCUAGGUGAUUUUGAAGCUUCUGAAUCCAUGGCAGGUGAAGAAGACAGGACACAAUGCGAAGAAAAAGAUCAGGGUGGCGAUUUUGCACAGAAAACUCGACCAACUGCUGAUAAUGGAUCAUUGCCAUGUGGUGGGGCCGAUUUUAGCGCAGCAGGCUGUGGUGGAUCUCCAGAGCCAAUGGGUGCACCCCGUCUUUCACGAGGAGACACAAGGCAUCCCGUUCAGCAAUCCAGGCCAGGUGCCUACCAAAUGGCGGGAACAGCAAUGGCAGGAACAGCAUCAAGCAUGAGCCGGGCUGUGACAACUGAUUCUACUAGUACCAAUAGCAGCUCACCUCCAGAAACUGCUAUUCAAGCGCACCUCGUUACUGCCAAUGAAUCACCUUCAUCUACGCGAACAGCAUCGGUGGAGAAUGCAACCAAUAGGGAACGGCGGCGACAGUCCAGAAACCAAUCCCCACUUGUGGAGGGGAAACCUGUGGAGGAAGAUUGGAAAAUCCCCCAAGAGCUGUCUCUCGUUUGCAUCCUGUUGCUGGUUUCCGUUGUCGUUCUUUUAUCGGUGGGCUUGACUGGGGGGUUUGAUGGCGAGACCACGUUUCAUAAUGGAGCUGAGGAUUCCAAUUCAACCGCUGUUGGAAGCAAAACAGAGCAACACGGUGGCAACCAAAGCAAUCUUGAUGGUCAUGAAAAAUGCAGCAACUCCCCUCUUUACUAUGACAAGCACUUGUCUACAUUUGCACAGAUCAGAAAGAGGGGUGUUCUGAAGGCAGGUUUUCCACUUGAUAUUGUCAAAUAUCCAUAUCUUACGAAGGCAAUUGCUGCUGGUAUCCUGGGACCAGCAGCGCCUGUCGACUUCAUACAGAUUGAUAAAUUCACUGAUCACUUCAACUAUGUAGACAGUGGUGCGGUGGACAUAGUUCUAACUGGUGUCACACACAAUAUGCAAAGAGAUGUCUUGUGGCCAUUCUCGUUUUCUAUUCCAUUUUCCUUUGACGGCAUCCGAACUGCAGGCAUACCUUUCUAUGUUCAGUGUGCGGAAGAUGGUCUAAGGCAUCUUGAUGAGUGCAGUGGAUUGCGAAUGUGUGUUGCAGGAAAUACCACUCAUUAUGCUGCCAUUCGAGAGCAUCUUCCAAGGAAGCAUAUUGUUCUGGCUGAAUUGGGAAUGGAAAUCAUGUUUCGAUUCAUUGAAGGAGAGUGCAAUGUCCUUGUAAAUGAAGGAGCCCUUAUCCAAGAGUCUUUCCUUCGGUCAUUGUCUGUGAAUGGCACCAAGUACACAGGAGACUAUGCGAUUGGCAACACCUACUUUACCAGGGAACCGUUUGUGGCGGUGACAAGGAAAGAUGACCCUGAGUUCAGUGACUUUGUCAAUGCAAUUCUCAUGGGUCUCAUGGCCGCAGAGAAGGACAACAUUACUCAGGCCACUUCCCAUUUGAUGCCAGAGACAAGUUUGUUUGGUGAUGACUACAAGUACAUGUUUCAGGAUUCCGUGGCUGUUGGUGGCAACCUGGCAGAGGCAUUUCACCAUAAUUUUGGAAUCUACCCUAGAAGUCCCUUCGAUACCAUCAACAAUGGCACUAGCGGAUUGCUUUUCGCUCAUCCAUUUGGAGACAUUUCGAGCAACACCAAUCCAUUUGGAUGCAAUACAAGUGACAAGCCAUCGCUUGGGCUUGCUUUUGACAAUGUGGUUCAGAGGGGCAAGUUCCGCUGUGGCGUUGAUACCAGCAAGCCUGGAUUUGCUACCCCUUCUGAGAACCAAAGCUAUUCUGGGAUGGAUGUUGACUACUGCAAGGCCUUGGCUGCAGGUCUCUUCCAGGGAGAUGAAGCAGCAGUUGAGUUUGUGGAAGUGGAAGAUGAGACUGAUGGUUAUGCUCUCCUUGCUUCAAACGAAAUUGAUAUUCUGGCUGGGGUUACCUGGACCCUGCAGAAUGAUGUGAAAGAGCCCACUACCAAUCAAGGCUAUUCCUUCUCUAUCCCAUAUUUCUAUGGCUACAGCCCCAACCAUGACAACUUUUGCUUGGCCACAAGACAAGAUGAUCCAGACUGGAGUCGGUUUGUGUACUGGAUUGUCAUGUCCACUUUUUAUGCUGAGGAACAUGGUAUUGGGCACCAGAACUCCUCCCUUAUGCCUGAGGUCUUUGUGUAUGGACCAAAAAUGAACCGUGUCUUUCGUGAUGCCAUUCUAGCUGUUGGGAGCUAUGCUGAGAUUUAUGAGAGGAAUGUUGAGGCUUUGAUGCCACGUUCCGGCAGGAACUUUUUGAAUGGUCUCUCCAAGCCUGGCCCUCAGCACUAUGUGCGGCCAGACUUCCUGGUAUGACCACAUGCCUUUAGUUUCUUUACAUUUUUCAUAACUUCAUUCGUUGUUU